AUGGCGCCGUUGGCUCCAGUGCUCAAUGAGCCACAUGUCCUGAACCAGAUUAUUAUCUCACCCUCUGACACGGACUACCUUGACCAACUCAUCCCUUCGAUUCGGGAUUACAGCCUCCUGCAGUCACUUUCCAGAUUCGCUGCCGACAAGGAAUCCGAGAUAGAAGGUAUCUGCAACACAAAUCACCAGGAGUUUGUCUCAUCUGUCAAUUCACUGCUUCGUAUUCGGGAGGGCACUGUGAGCUUAACGGGAGAGAUUCUGGACUUAAACCAGUCCAUCCAAACCAGCACUGAGCGCUUGGCCGAACAGAAGAAAGCUUUGGUGGAGUCCCGAGGCCACCGACAGAAUAUUGACGAGACAUUUCGUGCCAUCCAAGACUGCUUGGAGGUUUUGCGCCUAGCGAAUCAAGUCCAUGAUCUUUUGGCAAAGAAGAACCACUAUGCAGCGCUCCGGGCGCUGGAAGAAUUACAAAAUGUCCAUCUGAAGGGGGUAACACAAUACAAGAUUGCAGUCAUGAUCCAGCGUUCGGUUCCAGCAACACAAAGAGCUAUUGCAGAGGCAGUGAUGUCAGACCUCAAUACCUGGCUGUACCGGAUUCGGGAAAUGUCCCAAUACCUCGGCGAAAUUGCCCUUUUCCACACGGAUCAGCGCAAAUCAAGGCAAAAGCAAAGGGCAGAGAAGAUCCCUUACCUCGAGCAAUUCAACUUGAACUCUGCGAUAGAACUGGUAUCCGAUGAGGAUGAGGAAUAUGAUUUGCUCCAGAACGAAGACCUACAAGUUGACUUCACACCGCUGUUCGAGUGCCUACAUAUCCACCAGUCCCUGGGUCAUAUGGAUAAAUUUCGAACAGAGUACGCAACUACCCGCAGGAGGCAAAAGGACCUCUUGCUUCCGUCUUCCGUUACCCUAAUGGAUGAGGAUGGCUCCAGUCUGCACAAUCUCCUAGAGGAGAUGGCUGGGUUUGCCAUUGUUGAGCGGGCCACGAUGAAACGAGCACCAGAUCUCAGAUCACCCGUUGAUGUUGAUGAGUUGUGGGAUUCAAUGUGCCAAGCGGCUGUGAAAUUGAUAUCGAAAGCACUUCCCGAAGUCGAUAAUGCUGAAAUCAUCAUCGACAUCAAAAACCUGAUUGCUUUGUUCAUGCAGACCAUGAACACGUGGAACUUUUCUGUGCGUGUCUUUGAGGACUUUACAUUGAAGCUCUUCGAAAAAUAUGCCGAGCUUCUCAAGAAAAGAUUCAGUGACGACUUUCAGGAGGUUGUUACAACUGAUGACUACAUGCCUAUGCCUAUACAAACUCCAGAAGAACUUGAAAAGGUGCUCAAUGUGAGCUGGUACAACCCAGGCAAAUCGCGCGAGGAAGAAGUGUUCCCCUGCAUAUUGCCAUUCUCCCGAAUGUAUCCACUCUGCUGCAUCGAUAUCCGUAACUUUUUGAACCAGUUCUAUUACUUCGCCAACGAUAGUUUCGCGAACACAAAUGUGAUUGAUGAGACAUUGAAAAAUGAUUUGGAUGACCUCCUUUCACACAGAGUCUGUGACACCUUGGUGGAGCGUCUUUCCUCGCAAUAUCUAGGUCAAAUUGUUCAAAUCCUCAUUAACCUGGAACACUUUGAGGCCGCUUGUCGCGAAUUGGAACUCCUUCUGGCAGCAGCUCGGUCACAAAACUCCACGGGUACCUCGAUUGCUCUGAGGGCCACGGAGAAGUUCAGGAGUAAUAAGAAGGCUGCUGAGAAGCGCAUCUUCGAGGUUGUCAAUUCCAAGAUCGACGACCUUAUUGAGACAGCGGAAUACGAAUGGAUGUCCCCCACACCUCCUACCGAGCCCAGCAAUUACAUGCAGACCUUGACUCGAUUCCUUUCAAAUAUCAUGAACUCGACACUGUUGGGUCUACCGACUGAGAUCAAAGAACUUAUUUACUUUGACGCUCUCAGCCAUGCCGCUAAUAUGAUCCUGGCACAACCACUCUCGCCAGACGUGAGGAAAAUCAAUCCCAACGGAGUGGCAGCAUUGGCCAAGGAUGUUGAAUAUCUGGCUCAGUUUGUAGACAGUUUGAAUGUUCCAAUCCUUCGGGAAAAUCUCGACGAACUGCAGCAAACGGUGCAAUUGAUGCAAGCGGAUAAUGCGGAUGAAUUUUAUGAUAUUUCUACGAGAAACAAGAAAUAUGGACGUGUUGAUGCCAUGCAGGGACCCAUCCUGCUUGAGAAGCUCACUCGCACUGUCCAAGCACCCACCAAGGUGGACAAGUUUGCGACGCUUUCUUCACGGUUCAAGAAAACUGGUUGA